UUUCAAUUCCCAUUCUUCACAUGACAUCAUCUCUCUCUCUCUCCAAUCUCCAUGAACAAGAAGACCCUCGAGCCACUCAUUCCUCAUCCCAACUUAGAGAAUUCUGAUGGGGUGCUUUCUUGGCUGUUUUGGCUUCUCUUCCAAGAGAAACCGCAGAAAGCCUGCCAAUGGAGUUCAACAUGGACACCAUGGGUUGGGUAGCUAUGAACCUCUGGAUUCAGCUUCUACAGUUCUUGAUAUAACAGGGGAGCCCGUAAACGCACACUCUGAACUCAGAAACAAGAACAGGGAACCAUUGAACUACAAAAUUAGGAAGAAAGUUAGCUUUAACUUGAACGUCCAGAGUUAUGAGCCGAUUCCAAAAGAAGAAAGUACAGAUCAUUUCUGGGAAACUGAGGAAGACGAAAAGAAAGAAGAGAUUAGCAAAGACACUGCAAAAGGAAGCCAAUCUCCCUCUCUUUCUGAGGGGGAUUCGACGGAGACAAAAAUGGCAUCUUUUCCAUCGAAUUAUAGAUAUCGAAACUGCAUUGACAGCAACGAAGAAGAGGAUGAAGAAAGUGACUUGGAUGAUGAUGAUGAUGAUCUUGAUGAGGAUGAUGAAAGCGGUGGUGAUAUUGAUGAUAUGGGAAUAAGCCAAGAAGAGUUCUCUGAGAAAUUCAUGUCCUUAUCAGUGAGUUCAAAUAAGAGAGAUUCUUCAACUGAGUUUGCUCAGGAGAAAUCUGAAAAUCUGAAGCCCCCUGGAGAUAUGAAUAAGGGAGGAUUUAAAUCGAUUGGGACGAAUCGAAAUGCUCGAGAUAGGAGUCAAUAUGUUCAUUCUGUGCUGAACCCAGUAGAAAAUCUGAGUCAGUGGAAAGCAGUGAAGGCCAAAGGAAUGCCACCGGUGAAGCGCCUGAGAAAGGAGAAUGUAGCAUUAGAGCAACAAGUAGAGAAACCCACACCUCAGAUGCAAGAAAUUGCAGUUGACGCCAGUCUCUCAAACUGGUUGUUCUCCUCUGAUACUAGGCAGCCCAGAGCUACAUCCAUUACCAAGAGUAGCACCACCCCUGUGCAGACUGUAUCAUCAAAGACAAGCUCAUUUGGCAGCACGUUUUCAGGGAGAGUCGGAGAAGAUAUGCCUAUUUUAGAUAUCACCAAUUUGGAGGCUUGAAAGGAUAUGCGAGUCAAAAAUGAAUUUGUUCAGAAAGUUACUUCUUUUUUUUUUUCCUACACUAUGCAAGUGUGAAACAACUUUGGGUGUUGUUUGUUUCCCAUAUGAUUCUUUGAUCACUUCUUCUGAUUGGUUUCAGAAGAAUGAUGUUGUUGGGUUGUGAUAAAAUAUUUAUGUUCUCAUUCUUUCA